CUUGUCUUCGACAGUUUCACACUCUUCUGCGUUUGUUCCCGCCCCUUUUACUCAGCCGGUAGUGAACCGGAAUACUUGCUAUAUUGAUUAUAUUCCUUUUGUGUGUAAUUUUAGUCCGUAUUUUAAGACGAAAUGGCGAUUACCAUGGAUCACAUUCGGGAAAAACUGAUAGCAGAAAUUGGUGCAAUACACGUGGAAGUAGAAGACACAUCUCCCAACAGAUGUGCUACAAGUUUUAAGGUGCUUGUAGUGUCCCCUCAGUUUGAAGGAAAGCCACUGUUGCAGAGACACAGAUUGGUGAACACAUGCCUUGCUACUGAGCUGAAGGAGAUACAUGCCUUUGAGCAGAAGACCUUAACGCCAGAGCAGUGGGAAAAGCAGAAACAGCAGUGAUGUUGAUACAUGCACAGUGUUGGCAAUUUCCCAUACUAAUGUUUUUUUUUUUUUUUUUUUUCAUUUUCAAUUAUACAGCAAAUACAUAGGUUCAUUGGAACACACACUCCCUUUUUCAUCAGUGUAAGCUACAAUGCAAUAUUAGUGACAAGAAAUAAAUGUUUCAUCUCAUCAUUUGUUGGCCUGGAA